AAACAGAUCAAGAUCGCAUCCGGGCGCGCGGGCGCGGCUCCGCGCAGAGUUAUUCCCAGAGCGCGGCGCGCGGCGAGGGCGGGGGCGAGCGGGCGCCGCGCUCAGUGUGUCGGCGCGCGCCGCCGCCGCCAUGGGCAACCACCAGUCCGCCUCACACUACGUCCACAAGCCCAGCAAGAACGUGCGCUGGAAAACCGCAGGACGGCCUGCAACCCCAGGAAAGCCAGAUAUUAUACCUAUACUAUCGGAUGAGGAGCCGAAUUCGAUCACGUUAAAAUGGGCACCGGCGGCACACGACGGAGGCGCGCCGCUGCUGGGCUAUCAAGUGGAGUGCAACCGCCUGGGCGCCCCCGACUGGAUCCGCACGGCGCCACCCGUCGUGCUGCGGCCCGAGCUGGUGCUCACCGGCUUGGAGCCGCCCUACCGCUACCAGUUCCGCGUCGCAGCGCUCAACGCCGUCGGCCGCUCCGACUACAGCGACCUAUCCGAUGUGCUCACUGUCAGCUCCGACCGACUUCCUCAUGAACCACCGCUUUUCCUUCAACAUUUAGAGGAUUUGACCGUUCUUGAAAAUGAUAAAACAGAAUUCCGAGUCGCUUUCUCUGGUACACCUCCACCAACUAUAGCUUGGUUCAAGGAUGAUUAUGAGAUUUUCAGCAGUCGAAGAACGGCGAUCACUACGAGCGAUUCUACGAGUGUUCUUGUCUUCCAUCAAACGUUACCUAGCGAUGAAGGUGAAAUAAAAUGCACAGCAACAAAUCGCAGUGGACACGCGGUUACAAAAGCCCGAUUAUCACUGGAAGCAGCACCGAAGUUACGCUACCCGCGUCAAUACGAGGAUGGAUUGUUAUACGAAAUUAACGAAACCGUAUUCUUGAAAACUACGAUAGUUGGGAAACCAACACCUACAGUAGAAUGGCGACAUGACGGUCAACCCAUAGUGGUAGACGACCGAGUUGAGAUUUCGAAUACUUCAAAAUUUUCGAUGCUCAAAAUACAUUCAGCACGACGAAGCGACCGAGGGGAAUAUCAGAUUCAUGCGAAAAACAGCAUCGGUGAGGACACCGCAGCUUUCCUAGUGACGAUAACGGCACCACCAGACCCUCCGCAGCGAGUGUCGGUAGCACGGCAGGUCGACAAGUCCGUCACACUGGAUUGGGAGCCGCCCGAGGACGACGGCGGUUGUCGCAUUGGGAAUUAUGUGGUGGAGUAUUAUCGACAAGGCUGGAACGUGUGGCUAAAAGCGACCACCAGUCGGAAGACGAACAUUACUCUCUUUGAUCUCAUCGAAGGGAGUGAGUAUCGUUUUCGUGUUAAAGCGGAGAGUCCAUACGGAAUGAGCGCGCCGAGUGUUGAGUCAGCGCCGGUGAGGAUACCGGGCCGGCCAGUAGACAUGGAGUUCUUGGCUGUGGAAUCGAAGAUAAUAAAUGAGGUCCUUACACGUGAAGAUGGCAGUGCUGACACUCGCGUGUCGCCGGCACCGCGGCGUAAGCGCGCGCACACCGCGCCUACCGAAGCACAGCCUCCCGCGCGGCAACCGCGCCGCUCGCCAGCCCGGGACCCCUCUGGCAGCAGCGAAUUCAUGUUGGUACUCUACCCAGAUUCGCAAAAACAAAUGGAAAAAUCCGAAAAGAGACAAUCGAUACAACUGGAUCUGGAUGCUCUAACGCCGCCUCCACUCUCGUUCUCUGCGCCGGAGCUGAGCUCUCGCUGCAUGAUGCCAUUCAAAGCGCUCCGUAAUGCCGUCAGCUCGUCACAGCUACUGCAUGAACUAGCAAUGGCGCGUGUUCACAAAGCUGUCGCUAUGAAAGAAGAACAAAACAGAAACAAAGACGAUAGACCCCCUAAUCACAAAACUGACAUUCCGUAUAAUACUAGCUAUGAUCGCGAAAACGUGAGAAAGAAUCAAGAUAUGCCAAAAUCGCACGAAGAGAUCUCUGAAACAAAGUUCAAAAAACCAGAAAUGUUAACUAAAGAAGAAUCUGUUGACAACUCACAAUACACGCUUAGCGCGCCACAAGUUUCAGUAGAUUCUGAAACAUCUGAUCAUAAGUGGCAACACAUGUCUUUUGAUGAAGACUACACAGCUAGCACUGUUUCUUCGGAUGGGGAAUAUACAGAUGAAGGGAGUCUCGAUGGAGAGAUAGACCGACGAAGCCAAUAUUCUAACGAAGAGGAAACAUACAAUCCGAGAGACAAAAUGGCUAGGCCUUCGCCUCUUAAAGACUUCAUUGAAGAGGAAGAAGAGGAUGUGUCAGAAAACGAGCCUCUCAAACCUUUGCCACUUCCUGAUCCUAAUUUUGUUCCAAAACCUAUAUUAAAGCGGAGAGAGCCAGAACUACUGGAAAUCAAGCCAAUCCCUGCACCUGAACUUCCAAAAGUUGAAGAGAAAUCGAAACCCAAAGAAAAGCCAAAAAUUAGCGAAAAAAUAAAAAUUGGAAAAUCUGCAAUAAUAGAAAAAUCUAAUGCAACUGAAAAACUUAAAACAACAGAAAAACUUAAAGCUAUGGAAAAACCUAAGAAAGAAGAAAAGCUUACAAUAUUUAAGAAAAUCACUAAUACUAAGUUCCCUAAAUUACUUCAUAAAAAGGAAACCGAAAAAACGCCAGAAGAAAAUGUGCCCAACGAUAAUCUUAAAACAAAUAAUAAAAUUGAUAAAAUGCAGGACAAGGUAAGUGAAGAAGGAAGAACAGUGAUUGAUUAUUAUGGUAGUAUUGUAAAAGAGUACGGUAGCCAAAAGAAAUCGGCAGCACCUAUGUACCUUAAAACAGAAGACUUAAAAGCUGUUGCUGAGAAGCAGCAACUUGAAACGAAGCCUGAAAAUACUGAAGAGAACCAAGUAGCAACACCAAAGAAGAUUGUGAAUAAAACAAAUAACAGUAUGGCGACUCCUAAAAAAGGAAAAACUACAAAUUCAAUCAACAAAUCAGUUAAGACCAAGCAACCCAAUAACAGUGUUAAAAAUAUACCCGAUAAAAAAACCAAAACGACGGCUGCUACUCCUCCUGAAAAUCAAAACGAUACGCAAAAGAAAUGUACUCAACAAGUAGUUCUAAGAAAAGCUGAGCGCGCGACCAUUGUUAUACCUAUUAACUACCAAGAACUUGAAGAGAAGGCGAAGAUAAACGUAAGAUCUGCUAUUGACUACACAGUAGAUGUUUGCUUGCUUCUUUUAGCUUUUUGGGUCUAUUUCUUUAAAGAUGAGAGACUCGCCAUUCCUUUUCUCAUACUGAUCAUAUAUCGACAGUUACAAGAAACACUCCUGUUGAAUAUUCCUGAGUGGUACAAACGUUAUACACCCAGCUGGCUCAAGAAGAAGACUUCUUGA